AAGAAGAUCAAAACUGACAUCACUAUCGAUGUGAAAUGGUAUUGAUUAUUUUAUGAGGUGCCUAAUAAUAGUAGAAACCGGUGUUAGGUGAGUUUGAACAAAAGUCCGGUUGGGAAGGUGCUGUUGCCGUCUUGCCGACUUGACCAAGAGGUUCCAUAUAUAUUGCAUUCCGUAUUUGUAGUUUUCUCCAAAUUCCCACCUACUUCCCUCCAACACAACUAGGUCGAAGGAUCUCCUUUGAUCGAGGGAAAAUCGCAGGAUUUGAUUCUUGAUUGAUCGGCAGAUGGAUCACACUUCGCAGAAGCUCUCGCCCUUCGAUUUCAUGGCAGCUAUCUUGAAGGGCGGGAGGAUCUUCGACCACUCCAAUGCCUCGUCGGAGCCUCUGUCGACGGUGGCUGCGCUGAUGGACAACAAGGAGCUGAUGAUGGUGCUCACCACGUCGGUGGCGGUUCUAAUUGGGUGUGUUGUCGUGCUUGUUUGGCGGCGAGGGUCUUCCUCGGCGAAGAAAGCUGUGGAGCUGCAGAAACCCACCGUGCGGAAGGCUGUGGAGGAAACUGAUGAGGUCGAUGAUGGCAGGAAGAAGGUCACCAUCUUCUUCGGAACCCAGACCGGCACUGCUGAAAGCUAUGCAAAGGCACUUGCUGAUGAAGCAAAAGCAAGAUACGAUAAGGCCAAUAUUAAAGUAGUUGACUUGGAUGAUUAUGCGGCUGAGGAUGAGGAAUAUGAAGAGAAAUUCAAGAAAGAGAGUUUAGUGUUUUUCUUCUUGGCCACUUAUGGAGAUGGUGAGCCAACUGAUAAUGCUGCAAGAUUCUAUAAAUGGUUUGUUGAGGGGGGAAAUGAGAGGGGCGAGUGGCUGAAAAAUCUUCAAUAUGCUGUAUUUGGUCUCGGUAAUCGGCAGUACGAGCAUUUCAACAAGAUUGCAAAAGUAGUGGAUGAACAACUUGCUGAGCAAGGUGGGCAACGACUUGUGAAGCUGGGUGUGGGAGACGAUGACCAAUGCAUUGAAGAUGAUUUUGCUGCUUGGCGAGAGACUGUGUGGCCUGAGUUGGAUAAGUUGCUCCGAGACGAAGAGGAUGCAACCAGUGGUACUCCAUAUACUGCUGCAGUUUUGGAAUACAGAGUUGUCAUCCAUGACAAUGAUGGUUCCACUAAAGUAAAUAGCCAUGUCAAUGGAUUCGCCAAUGGUAAUGCUGCUGUUUAUGAUGCUCAGCAUCCCUGCAGAGCCAAUGUAGCUGUUAGAAGGGAACUUCACACCCCAGCAUCUGACCGCUCUUGUACUCAUCUGGAGUUUGACAUAUCAGGAACUGGACUAUCUUAUGAAACUGGGGACCAUGUUGGUGUAUAUUGUGAAAAUUUAAUUGAAACCGUGGAGGAAGCUGAACGUCUGCUAAAUCUAGCACCAAAUACAUUCUUUUCCAUUCACACUGAUAAAGAGGAUGGCACACCACUUAGCGGAAGUUCAUUGCCUCCUCCCUUCCCGCCUUGUACAUUAAGAACAGCACUGGCAAAAUAUGCAGACCUUUUGAGCUCUCCAAAAAAGUCUGCUUUACUUGCUCUGGCGGAGUAUGCUUCUAACCAAUCGGAAGCUGAUCGACUGAGGCAUCUUGCAUCUCCAGCUGGAAAGGAGGAAUAUGCACAAUGGAUAGUUGCUAGUCAAAGAAGCCUUCUUGAAGUGAUGGCUGAAUUUACAUCAGUCAAACCUCCACUUGGAGUUUUCUUUGCAUCAGUUGCUCCACGUCUGCAGCCAAGAUUUUAUUCUAUAUCCUCCUCUUCAAGGGUAGCUCCCUCUCGAAUCCACAUCACUUGUGCCUUAGUAUAUGAAAAAACUCCAACGGGACGAAUCCACAAGGGUAUUUGCUCGACAUGGAUAAAGAAUGCUGUUCCCUUGGAGAAAAGUCCCAACUGCAGCUGGGCACCCAUUUUCGUUAGGCAAUCUAACUUCAAACUACCUGCUGACACCACAGUACCCAUCAUUAUGGUUGGUCCAGGAACUGGAUUAGCUCCAUUCAGGGGGUUUCUUCAGGAAAGGUUAGCUCUGAAGGAAGAAGGCACAGAACUUGGCCCGGCAUUGUUAUUUUUCGGAUGCAGGAAUUCCAAAAUGGAUUACAUUUAUGAGGAUGAAUUAAACAACUUCGUCAAUACCGGUGCACUCUCUGAGCUAAUUAUUGCUUUCUCACGUGAAGGGCCUACUAAGGAAUAUGUGCAACACAAUAUGAUGAAAAAAGCAGCAGAUAUCUGGAACCUGAUUUCUCAAGGAGCUUAUCUCUACGUCUGUGGUGAUGCCAAAGGCAUGGCUAGAGACGUUCACAGAACUCUUCACAAUAUUUUACAACAGCAGGGAUCACUUGACAGCUCCAAGGCGGAGAGCAUGGUGAAGAAUCUGCAGAUGACGGGAAGGUAUCUGCGCGAUGUAUGGUGAUAGAUUUUUUUACCAUCCCUCGGAACCAAAGAGAUCUUCCUUCAAUUAUCCAAUGCCCUUCUUGCCACAGCCAACAUACACCAUCUAGGAAGGCCAUUGGGCAAAGAAAAAU